AUGUAUGGAAUCAACUGCUUCACCUACACCGUAUCGGGGAGUUGUUUGCUCAUCUCCAAAGGGAGGCCCUUUGCUUAUACGGCUGCCUUGUGCGACUGGGACUUGUAUGCACUUGGUAUCCUGCAAUUCCUCGUUUACUCACUUCAUCACUUGCCUAGUUUGUUCGGUGUGAGGCCAAAUCCUUGUACUACACACUUCAACUGA